AUGAAGUCCCUACGGCCACCCGCCGCCUGUUAUCCACAGCAGAUCCCUAUCCGGCGCUUGGAGGCCGCCAAGUCUAAAAAGUUCCGUGCCCAAACACGUUGUCAGGGAGCCACCUGCUACGCGGACCAAUCGUUCGCCACGAGGGCCCAACCAGCGUCCAAGAACCCUUUCGACCCCUCCGGCCCUCCAAAGGCGCCCAAGCACCAACAUCAGGUAGCCGCGCCGGCUCACAAGCCAGGAACCACCUCGUCCACGACGGGGCCUCCACCAGCGUCAAAGAACGCCUCCGAAUUCGCCGGCCCAUCAGGGGCGUCCGUGCAACAACCUACAGCAGCCUCGCCGGCCCACAAGCCUGGAUCCACCGGCUACGCGGACCAAUCGUCCGCGACAAGGCCCCCACCAACGUCAAAAGAACCCCGGCAAGUCCACCGGCCCGCCAAGGGCGUCCGAACACCGACAUCCGGCAGCCGCGCCGGCCCACAAGCCUGGAGCUCCCAACUACGUCCGCGACGAGGCCUAGACAACGUCGGAAGCACCCCGGUAAGUCCACCGGGCUGCCCCGGGGCACCCGGGCACCAACAUCCGGCAGCCAACAAGCCAUCGAUCCUGGAGUCACCUCUGGAACGCUAG